CUUUUAUUUCUGUUUUACUAGAGAAAAAAAUUAGAGUGCGUGCUAAAUUGCGCCAUAAUUGCUCCACCUGACUUGUCUCGCCAGUCGCCGGCGACGAAGAAGUUGUGAAUCGGAAGAACCAAUAAUGAGGGCCGUGGUCCAGCGUGUUGCUUCAGCCAGUGUAGAGGUCGAGGGGCGUACGGUAUCAGCAAUCGGGCCGGGCUUGCUGGUUCUCGUCGGGCUUCAUGAAUCAGACGUUGAUUCCGAUGCUGACUACAUAUGCCGGAAAGUGUUGAAUAUGAGAUUGUUCCCAAAUGAGGAAACUGGAAAGACAUGGGAUCACAGUGUAGUUCAGAAGAAUUAUGAAGUUCUAUUAGUGAGUCAGUUUACACUAUAUGGUAUUUUGAAGGGAAACAAGCCUGAUUUUCAUGUCGCAAUGCCUCCUGAGAAAGCAAAACCCUUCUAUGCCUCUCUGGUUGAGAAAUUCCAGAAAGCUUACAAACAGGAUGCCGUCAAAGAUGGUGUCUUUGGAGCAAAGAUGAAGGUCAAUUUGGUCAAUGACGGUCCUGUGACAAUGAAUCUUGACUCAGCACAACCGUCAAAAUGAGACUUGAAGCAAUUGAGGAAGUGAUUCCUAAGCACUUCUGUUGCAAUUUGAAUGAUAAAUCUAGCGUUCUAAAAGUAGGCACCAAAGUGUUGGGUUAUUAUUUUAUGAAAUUUUAGUAAUCUCAAAACCUGAAAGAUAUCAAAAGAGGGGGAAAAGAAAAACUCUGUUUUACCCAAGUGAAAUUUUAUUACUCAUACAGGAUUAUACUCCUAACUCUCAAACUUGUAUUAAAGUGUCAUGAAUAUGAACUUUCAGCUUAUAGCUGUUAUCACUUGUUGAAGUAGCUGCAAA